UCUAGUUCUUUUAUGAUGUUGCAGAAAGUUGAAAUUGAAAACUAACAGGUACUUAGAAGAAGUCCUUUGUUUGUUUGUUUAUUUAUUUAAGACAGGUACUUAGAAGAAGUCCUUUGUUUGUUUGUUUGUUUGUUUGUUUGUUUGUUUGUUUGUUUGUUUGUUUGUAAUGAUACGCUCUGGGCAACGCGCACGCAGAAGAACUUCAUCUUCUGAAGAGCAUGAUUAUAAUCUUGAAAAGAUUUCUAGCUCUAGUUGCUGGUCUUUCUAAUAGUACCCAGUCGAGCUCGACGUCAAAAGCAAGCAUGGACAGGAGGUCAGCAAGUGGCGGUUUAGGACGCGGAUCGAGAGCAUUAGACGAGGAAGAGGACCGAUCUACUUCGACUCGUAUCCAUACCCGCAGUAGACUCCUACAAUUUUCAGAGGGAGAAGCUAUGGCGGAUGAUGCGCAGAUGAUAUCAUCAUCUUCAUUCGGAUUACG